UGGCUGGGCGAUGAAAGAAGACCUUCCCCGGCGAGGCUAUGGCACCGUCGGGGCUCCUGCGAGCGGCGUCGCUCGGGUUCCUGGGCGCCUUCUGGCUCUGGCUGGGGAUGGGCGCAGGAUGCGUGGAUGGUGCUCCCAGGCCUCUUCGUGAUGUCUAUAAUCAAGGCUUAAAUGUUCUCUUCCUGAUUGCGGACGACUUGCGCCCCGCCUUGGGGUCUUACGGGGACUCCCUGGUGAGAUCACCCAACAUUGAUCAGCUGGCUUCCAGGAGUGUGGUGUUCCAGAAUGCCUUUGCCCAGCAAGCUGUCUGUGCCCCAAGCAGGGUCUCCUUCCUCACAGGCCGCAGACCUGAUUCCACCAGGCUGUAUGACUUUAACUCGUAUUGGCGGAGCCACGCGGGAAACUACACCACGCUGCCGCAGUACUUCAAGGAGAACGGCUACGUCACCCUGUCCGUGGGGAAGGUCUUCCACCCAGGGAUCUCCUCGAACCACAGUGACGAUUUCCCCUUCAGCUGGUCCGCUCCGGCUUUCCACCCGUCUUCCGAAAAAUACGAAAACACGAAGGUUUGCAAAGGCAAAGACGGAAAGCUUCACGCCGACUUGAUCUGCCCAGUGGAGGUGGCUGAGAUGCCCGAGGGAACUUUGCCAGAUAUCCAGAGCACCGAGGAGGCCGUCCGCUUGCUGAAGGCCAUGAAAACAAUCAAGAGGAAGUUUUUCCUGGCUGUCGGCUAUCACAAGCCCCACAUCCCGUUCAGAUACCCUCGGGCUGGUCCCUGGGCGAACACGGCGAGUGGGCGAAAUACAGCAACUUCGACGUAGCCACGCGAGUGCCAUUGAUGUUCUACGUGCCGGGAGUGACCACUCUGAUCUCUGAGCGGGGACAGAAAGUUUUCCCAUUCCUUGAUCCCUUUGUUCAAGAUUCCUGCUCUGCGCUUCCAGGAAAACCCAAAGAAAUGGUUGAGUUGGUGUCUCUCUUCCCGACGCUUGCAGAGCUGGCUGGACUGACCGUCCCCCCUGCGUGUCCCCAUCCCUCCUUCCACGUCCCUCUUUGCAGUGAAGGGAAGAGCUUGGUUCAGUACUUCCCAUCCUCCGGCGGAGGGCGGGAAGACCAUGGCUCCAAGCGAAAAGGAACCCCGGUUGCCUUCAGCCAGUAUCCGCGUCCGGGAGACACCCCUGCACCGAAUUCUGAUUUGCCGUUACUUCAAGAUAUAAGAGUCAUGGGUUACUCCAUCCGUACGGCCGGUUACAGGUGCACCGUCUGGUUUGGGUUUAAUCCCGACAACUUCACCAUCGACGUGAAGGACAUCCAUGGGGGAGAGCUGUAUUUUGAGGAAAGGGACCCCCAUGAAGACCAUAACAGGUACCACGAAGUCCUGCAGGGAUCCCCCAUUCCAAAGCUUUGCCGCCUAGUUGAUCACCUGGGAUCCACUUCAAUUCAGUGAAUCUCUGCCAAGCAGUUGACCUCCAUGGGGGUCGUAUACACGUCAUGCUUUGUGUUAUACACAAAGACGGCUCCAUUUUUGUAUCAAAAGGUUUUAAAUGCUGAUAUAGGAAUAAAUUUGAAUAUAUGAAUGAUUAAAUAUGUAUUCUCUUUAUUAUAAUAUCCCCAACGAAAAUAUUUGCACAAUAUUGGAAAAGUGAAGAGAUUCCUACUGAAGAGAAGGUGAUUUAGGAAAAUAUUAGAAUACGCAGAAAUGAACAGACUCACUUGGGCAAUUAAUAGCAAUAGCAAUAGCAGUAGACUUAUA